AUGAUCAAAACCGAUCCGCAUCUGAAAUGUGCACUUGAUCAAGCGAAGAGAGCCUCGCUAUUCAAAGCUUUAGGUCUAGUUGUUAGAAAUAUGAAUCUUCAACAAAUUGUGGCUACUUUGACACAAUUUUGUCGAUAUGAUCCGGUCUUUGCUCCCCGAGGAGAACACGUCGAAGCUGCAGUGGGCAUUGGACCAUCUUCGUCUCAAUCUACUUCAGCCCUACCAGAGUACCAACCGCCAAGCGUUCUCCAAGGAAAUACGGAGCAGACUGAUAAGGAACAUGUCGAAGCUGCAGUGGGCCUCGGACUGCCUUCGUCUCAAUCUACUUCAGCCCUAUCAGAGUACCAACCGCCAAGCGUUCUCCAAGGGGAUACGGAGCAGACUGGUGAGGAACAUGUCGAAGCUGCAGUGAGCCUCGGACUGUCUUCGUAUCAAUCUACUUCAACCCUACCAGAGUACCAACCGCCAAGCGUUCUCCGAGGGGAUACAGAGCAGACUGAUGAGGAACACGUCUAUACAAGUGCGUUGAAAGAGUUGGGUGAUUCCGAGUACUGCGUACCAACUUACGAUUCGAAUCAACUAUGCCAUAGCCCUCCAAGGUGGAAAGCUGUUGCCCAGUAUAAAGGAGUCAGAUCUUCUGCGGAAGCAAGUUCCAAGAAAGCAGCAAAACAUUCUGCCUCAAAGGCGCUUUGGCUGCAAUUGGGGAACAGUACGCUCUUGUAG